AUGGAUGUAACACAAGAAAUGCUUUUCGGGCGUAUUGGACGUGUUGUACUUCGUGCUUCUCUUGAGAAUCCCGAAGUUCAAGUUGUCGGCAUAAAUGAUCCUUUCAUGGACUUGGAUUAUGUGGUUUAUCUUUUCAAAUAUGACACCAAUUAUGGAAAAUAUAAAGGCCAUGUGGAAAUCAAAGAAGGAAAAUUUGUUGUUUAUGGUAAAGAAAUUUCGGUCUUUUCAGAAAAAGAUCCAAUUCAAAUCCCAUGGGGGUCAAUUGGAACCGAUUAUGUUGUUGAAUCAUCAGGUGUAUUUACCAGCACUGAAAAAGCUUCUGCUCAUUUGAAAGUUAAUUUGGAUACUUAUAAACCUGAAUAUAAAAUUGUUUCCAAUGCAACGUGCACAAGCAAUUGUUUGGCACCUUUGGUAAAAGUCAUUCACGACAACUUUGGUAUUGUUGAAGGCUUAAUGACAACAGUUCAUGCAACCACUGCAACUCAAAGAACUGUUGAUGGAACCUCUGGAAAAGAUCGGAGAAGAGGAAGGGUUGCGUCUCAAAAUAUCAUUCCAAGUUCAACUGGCGCCGCCAAGACAGUUGGAAAAAUCAUUCCAGCAUUAAAUGGAAAACUUACUGGAAUGGCCUUUAGAAUUCCAACAACAAUUGUUUCUGUAGUUGAUUUAACCGUCAAAUUGGCAAAAGAAACCAAUUAUGAAGAAAUUAAGCAAGUAAUUAAAAGUGCAUCUGAAAAUGAAUUUAAAGGAAUUAUCGAUUAUACUGAAGAUGAUGUUGUUUCUAGUGAUUUUAUUGGCAAUACUCAUUCUACUAUUUUUGAUGCUAAAGCUGGCAAGUAA